GCCCGGCCAGUGCCCGUCUUGAUCACGCAAAAAAAAGAAGUGUAUUAUAAAGAGGAGAGAGAAUGGAUCAGGACAAGGAAAGAAGAGAGUGCGAAGGCGCCGUGUCGAUUGACGGAGGAGAGGAGUAAGAAUAUGAUCAUUGGAGAGGAAGGGUCGCUUACUGAAAAGGAGGUGGACUUCCUUGUCAGUGUCAUGAAGAAAACUCAUCUGGCUUAUGCCUUUGAUGAUGAUGAGCGAGGGAGGCUUGACGUUGACAUGAUUCCGAUGAUCAGGAUUCAUACGGUACCUCACGAGCCAUGGAACAUACGGGGUCCGCGUUAUCCGAAUCCGGAUGAUCAUCGCAGAGUUGUUGAAUAUUUGGACGGCAAAAUUCGGACAAAAGUCGCGGAUUACUCAUAUGGACCAUAUGCGUCCCCUUGGUUUUGUUUCAUCAAGCCAAGUGGCAUAUUGCGUUGGGUGCAGAACUUGCAGAGGCUGAACUCAGUGACGGUUCGUGAUGCAAGAGGACUUCCGCAUGCCGAUCAGUUGUCGGAAUCAUGCGCAGGCAGGCCUAUCAUCACUCUCAUUGACUUGUACUCAGGAUAUGAUCAAUUCCCUCUCUACACGGCAGACAGGCCGAUGACGGCCAUGCAUACGCCGAGGGGAUUAAUUCAUAUGUGUGCGGCGCCUCAAGGCUGGACGAACGCCGUAGCGAUUGUUCAGAGAUAUAUGAUGAGAGUCAUGCAGCCGUUUUGUCCGGACGUGACCUCACCUUAUAUCGAUGAUCUGGCCAUACCUGGGCCACGUGUCAAGGACGAGACGGAGAUGCUGCCAGGCGUUCAAAAGGUUGUUUGGGAGCACGUUCGCAACGUGGAGAAGGUCAUGUCCAAGUUAAAGGAGUACAACCUCACCGCCAGCGAUGUCAAAUCUCGGCAUUGUAUGUGCGAGGCGACUAUCUUGGGCUUCUUGUGCGAUGAGAAGGGUUGUCGGCCAGAUUCCAAGAAGACAAACAAGAUUCUGGAAUGGCCGACUUCGCUUAAGUCCAUCACUGAUGUGCGCAAUUUCUUGGGGACUUGCGGAUUCUGGCGUAUCUUCAUUCGCAAGUUCGCAGCAAGGGUGGAGCACCUACGAAAGUUGGUGCGUAAAAAUCAGGAAUGGGAAUGGGGUCCAAAGCAACAGGCGGCUGUCGACGACAUCAAGGCACAAUUCCGAGAAGGAGGAUUGAUCCUGGGGGUUCCGUGCUUUGACAAUGACUCGAAUUGGCCCUUUGUGGUUGAAACGGAUGCAGGCCCCACAGCAUUGGGUGGUGUCCUCAUCCAAAAGGAUGGAGAAGGGCGAGAAAGGUCAUUGAGAUUUGAGAUUUGAACGCUGAAUGAGGCGGAAAGGAAAUAUUCCCAAUUUAAGAA